AACAGAACCCACCUACACCCCCACCUGGGUGGAACAGAACCCACUUGCCCGGUUCAGUUUAAUUUAGGGUGUAGUUCCUAAAUUAACGAGGGGGGGGUGUUCCUACCUGGCCUUCAGCUCCUUGUGCUCCUCCCUGAUCUUUCCCAGCUCCAGCUGCAGCCGCGCCCGCUCCUUGGCCACCACGUCCAGGGUCUUCCGGGCGUCAGCCAGCUCCGUCUCGUAGGCCGACUUGAUGCCCGACAGGUCGCGGGUGACCUCGGACUCUGACUCGGUGAUGCGCAUCCGGAGCGAGGCGUUCUCCGACUCCAGGGAGCGAACCUUGUCGAUGUAGAUGGCCAGGCGGUCAUUAAGGUUGCACAGCUCCUCCUUCUCCUGCAGCCUGGUGAUGCGCGCCGGCGAUACGGCGCCACGGGGCCGCUUCUGGCUGGGCGUUUCCAUGACGAUUACGGGUCAGAGGUUCAGGUGUGGGUCAGCUGUGGAUGAGGAGAUGGACACUGUCAGACUUCACCUUGCUCUAACCCCCCCCCCAUCAAUGGGGAGCAGCUGAGAAGCUCCUGAUUGGUGGACCUCUGUGGAUCCAGCAUCAAUCUUCUAUCAAUAAGGACUGAGGAUGAGGAGGAGGAGGAAGCUCAGCGUUAUUCCAGCUUCUACAAACAUUCCUACAUUCCUUCUCUGUUCGAUCGUCUCAGCGAAGGGAAACAGAAACUUUGAGAUCAGGCGGCACAUAAAUGGCGAGAUCAAGCAGGUGACCCUCGACCCCCGACGUUCCCAUCCUCGGCCUGUGGGUGGGACCUGGAACACGCCCACAGGACCGAGCUGCUCGCUCUGGGAGAACUUUGAAUCACAAACUUCAGGUCCGUCCAGACUGCAGCCUGGGGGCCUCCGGAUGCGGAUCUUACCGUAGCUGUGAGGAUCUCCUCUCUGAGUCUGCUGAGGGAAGCUGGAAGCUUCUGGAAGUUUGUCUCUGUGGAUCUGGGAAGGAGAGUGCAGUCCUGCUCUGGUGGGUGUGCGCGCCUUUGGCUCCAGCCCUGAACUGUCUGCCGUCACUGCAGCACAUCCACCUACUGCUGGAGAGAGAGGGGGCGGGAGCUGCAGGGAGGGAGGGGGGAGCGGAGGCGGAGCCUGUGGAGCCAGAGGGAGCUGCUGCUUUGCUUCCAUCGCCUCCUUCUCCAUUUCCUCCAGACAGGCGCUGCCACAGCGAGCGGCUGACGGGACAGAGUGACUCCCCCCCCACACACAAAACACACAAACAUGUCACUCAAACCGACCCCGCCCACAUCUCAGAUUUACCUCCAUGAGGUGAAGAAACAUUCCUGCUUAAACUGGAACCGCCUGAAACCACAGAACCGUCCAUGCUGGAUCGGACCGGGCCGGAACCGGGCCCCCAGCAGAGGCCCCCAGCAGAGGACAGAGGCCCCCAGCAGAGGACAGAGGCCCCCAGCAGAGGACAGAGGCCCCCAGCAGAGGACAGAAGCCCCCAGCAGAGGACCGGGCCCCCAGCAGAGGACAGACACCCCUAGCAGAGGACAGAGGCCCCCAGCAGAGGACAGACACCCCCAGCAGAGGACAGACACCCCCAGCAGAGGACCGGGCCCCAAGCAGAGUACAGACACCCCCAGUAGAGGACAGAGGCCACCAGCAGAGGACCGGGCCCCAAGCAGAGUACAGACACCCCCAGCAGAGGACAGAUGCCCCCAGCAGAGGACAGACACCCCCAGCAGAGGACAGAGGCCCCCAGCAGAGGACAGAGGCCGUGGCCCCUAUGAAAACCUUCUGGCUCCGCCUCCAACUGAUCCCAGGACAUGGUGGACCUUGGUGAGCAGCCAGCAGAUGGUCAGAAGCAAAGGACUCAACUAG